AUGAGCAUAGGUGGCAGCCUAGACCUCUCUUGGCCUCUCGUGGGCGUCCUCUCAAGCCCUCGUGCAGCUUUCUCAACCCUCAACCUUUCAGAAAUGGCUGCCCUUGCCGCUACCAUGGCUGUUGCCCCCAUGGCCUCCCUCAAGGCCACCACCACCCUGAAGACUAGCGUCGCUAAGACCUUCAAGGUUGCUCCUUCCGCUGCUCGCGUCUCCAUGGCCUCGUACAAGGUCACCUUCGAGACCCCGAGCGGUACCUCCACCAUCGAUGUCGCUGACGACGUGUACAUCCUCGACGCCGCUGAGGAGGCCGGACUCGACCUGCCCUACUCCUGCAGAGCUGGUGCUUGCUCGUCUUGCGCCGGCAAGGUCACCGCUGGCAGCGUUGACCAGUCUGGCCAGUCCUACCUUGAUGAUGACCAGAUGGCCAAGGGCUUCGUCCUGACCUGCAUCGCCUACCCCACCUCCGACCUGACCGUCCAGACCCACCAGGAGGACAGCCUCUACUAA